AUGUACAGAGCUCCGCCUGAAGUCAGCCGAAUUUGUGUCCGCAAAGCUCGAGAUAGAGCUUAUCAAAAACAUCUGAAUGCUCUUAAGAAUGUUAAACCAUCAAUUGACACGAGACAACCAAUUACUCCAAAUUCAAUCGGCAAAAAUUUCAAAAGAUACGAAAUUGAAAAGCAACACAACCUUGCAAUCCAAAAUCAAAAUGUAAGACUUGUCCAUAGACUUGAUAAAAUUCUUCGUGAAGAACAUUACUGUGCCCAGCCACCAGGACGCCCUCACACACUUCAAGGACGCUUCCAGAAAGAACAGAUGCUCCGUAUAACUGAAGAAAACGCAAAAAUUGUCAAAGCAAUACAACAAUCUCGUCCAUUACUCAACAGAAAUGAUUGGUACAUGCAUAGACUUGAUCAUGAGUAUCAACUCCACAAGAAUGCCGAAUAUAAACAAACACUUCCAAUGUCAGAGAUUAUCCAAAUUGAUGAACAGGAACAAUCGGCUCGCCGCCAAUCGUACAAGAAGGAUGAUGACUUCGCCAACAUCUACCCACCAAAACCACCGUCAACAGCUCGCCCAGAAUACAGACCAAGCAGAAAUUCAGUUCAGAACGAAGAACAGUACGAAGUUCACGAACCACCACCAAGGCCAACAACAGAUGAUAAGAGAUAUGACGUUGAAGAUAGCGAAAAUCAACUUUCUCUUCAUAAUCAAAUUGAAGAUCAUCUUAAGGACGAUUUCGGACCAGAGAAGCAACAAAACGAUGACCAAGACUUCAGUCUUUCAAUCAAACACGAAAUUGAAGAAGAAGCAAUCAAAGUUGAUGAUUCAUUGGAUAUCCAAAACGAAAAUGAAACAAAGGACACAAAUAUGUCACUUUCCAUUAAAGGCGAACUCAAAGAUAACAUAAAUGAAGAGAAUCUCGAAGCAAAUGGAAAAGAUGAUACAAAAGACGAAAGUUUGUCCAUUAAACCACAAAUUCAGGAUCAGAACCUCGAAGCAAAUGGUGUUGAUGAUACACCAGAAGCAAAUCAUGAAGAAAAUAACAAUUCUGAACCAAAAGAUCAAAAUGUUGGCGGUUUAUCGAUCAAACCAAGCUUAGAUAAUGAUAAACUUGAAGCCAAUGGUGUUGAUGAUACAAAGGACGAAAGUUUUUCAUUAAAACUUCCAAUUAAUUCAGGAAAUCUCGAAGCAAACGGAGUUGAUGACACACCAGAGGAACCAAAGCAAGAUCAAAAGCCAUCAGAGCUCCAGCUUGGAGAAAAAGCUCUUUCUGGAGCUGUUGACAAUUUGAAUAAAGAAGAAGAACAAAAAGAAGAUUCUCCAAAGCUUGGUUUGGCUGGAUUGGUUAAUUCAACUGUCAAUGAUGGACUUGAGGAGAAGAAGGAAGCAGAGAAUGCUCCUGUUCCUUCUCUUUCUGAUGCUUUGUUGCAUUAA